AUGACCCUUGACAGCCCCAUGUGUCUGCUCCUGCUCUUUAUCGGCACUGUGGCCGCGUGGUCCCGUACCGAUCAUUGGCAGAUGACGGUUCAGACUCGAUGGAGCACCGAGUUCACCACAUCAUCCACUACCGUUCUCCCCACCGACGCCGUGACGCCGAUCUCCUCCAACGUCUCCACGACACUGGAGACCGUGGAAGGGUACGGUGGCGGGGGCUUUUACGGACCUGACUAUACGAUCGAAGUCACCGUCACCAACCUCUUCUACGCCGCCAACGCUUCCGGACUCUGCCCCUAUCUGUCGUCCUGCGGGCCCAAUCCCAAGCCCACAGCCAGCAGCAGCAGCAGCAUCACGACGGACUACUACGCGCCAGUGGCCAUCAGCAACCCAGCCUCGUGCACGCGCACCAGCUUCGCCUACACCACGGCCCAGUCGCUCCGUGUGCGUCCGCGAGCCGUCUCCACCGCCAUCCCCGACUUCUCGGAGCAGGCCACGCAGUCCGCGCACGCGCUGCUCGUCACGACCUACGUCCCGCACGCUGAGCACCAACCUCAGCGGGCAAAACGUCACCACGUCGGUCUGCGAGGUCUACCUCCGCGAGGGCGCUGUCUUGGCCGGACUCGAACCCGACACGGGCGCGCAUCGGGAUGUCCUGGCUGCCGGAACUGGAAGUACUACGUCCACGUCAACGUCCACGUCCACGUCUGGAGUAGCAGCUGGGGUACGCGGCACUACCAGCAUUAUUCUGAUUCCAGGUUGUUUGAUGGGACUGUCGCCGGUUGGAUGCUCAGGUGA